CGCAUUCUAUCUGUACCAAGCCUUUUCCAAGACCAACGUUCCUCACACAGACUCUCACCACAUGUACUGGCUGUCCAUUGACUGCCACGGGACGGCCAUAUUACGCCAGGGAUAUCUGGCCCAAGGUCGCAUUGUCCUUCCCGGCAAGUUGGGGGCGCCAAGCGGGUGGACAAGGCUGCCCGGUGGUCUUGGGAUGGCUUGGAUGUGAUCAUCCCAAGAGGAGAGGAAAAAAAGGGGCCCCCUGCCUGGUGGCAUGUUCUCUCAAAUUGGGCACUUGAUGAGCCGCCAAAGCACGCAAAGCACGCAGAGCACGCAGAGCACGCAGAGCACGCAGAGCAAGCCAGCAAGCACAGGACGCGCAUACAAGUACGAGGCAUGGCCCCGGCCCAGCCCUGCCCAGCCCAGCCCUUCCGAGCAGCCUACUUAAGUACUCACGCCCGGCUGUUUUUAAAGUUGGUCGUGUAUCGACGUCUUUGCAAGCCUGACACACGGAAUAUUUGCCUGUUUUGCCCUUUUGAGAAGCCUCCGGCCCACUGCCCUCCAACUUCAACCUCCCCUACAUCCUUCAAAUUUUCGCCCACAUCUCCGCGCCCGGCGUCCCGUUCGCUCCCGCCGCUAUCUCUCUCUCCUCAUCCUCUCCGCAUCUCGUCUUUUGGGUGAGGAUCAUGGGCCUCAAGGCAUACGACUCCUCCAGACCCAUCCACUGCAGCCCGCCCCCGGCCAUGAGCGACAGACUAGGCAAUCACACGGGGCCAUGCCCCUUUCAGGACAUGCUGCCCGUGGAGAUCAGGAUCCACAUCUACGAGUACAUCCUCUUUGAGAACGGCAACUUCUUCAGCCUCGACUACGAGGAGGGGAGGUCCAUCCCCACCCUCUUCCCCAGGCUGAGGUCCCCCCCGAAGAAGAAAUGCCGCCUGCACGAUGCCGAGAGGCCACACGCCGCCGGGAGUCAGCAUAACGGCGCGGGCAAUAUUCUGCCGCUGCUGCUGACGAGCCAGAAGAUCUACCACGAGGCCGCCAGCCUGCUGUACUCGUCAUCCUUCUUCCGCCUGCGCGGGAUCCACCCCACAAUCCAGUUCAUCAACACCGUAUCGCCCGCCCACCUGGAGCUGGUGCGGUCGCUCAAGCUCGUGUGGGACGACCAGGGGUGGACCGACGCCCCCGAGUUCGACACGCCGACACUGCGGUUGGCAUGGCCCUCGCUGUGCGACGCGCUGGCCACCCAGUUCCCGUCCCUGCGCAACCUGUACGUGGCGCUGGGCAUGCCCAGCAACGAGGAGCGCGUCGAGGAGCUCUACCUGGAGCCGCUGCGGCACGUGCGGCACGUCGACAACUUCAAGGUGUGUAUCCCCGUGGGGCUCCUCGAGAGGUUCGAGGGCCUGGACCAGCGGCUGGAGGAGAGGCAGAGGGCCCACGGCGACGACCGGUUCACGCUGUGCAGACACACGGCGGGCGAGGUGUGCCCCAGCCGCAAGGAGGUGGUGCAGGCCGAGUGGCUGGGCUCCAGCAGGCCGGCAACGCCAGGUCUCAAGGUGCAAUACCCCAACGUGCCCGGGCUGGAGCCGUGGGCCGACGGCGAGUGGGCGACGGACAAGGACGACGUGCUGGGAGAUGCCAUGCUGGCGGGCGACGGGCUGGGCGGCUCGCAGUGGUCCCAAGGUGGUCAAGCUUUUGCCCAGACGUCAUGAUCAGGCGAUCAGGCCACUCGACGAUCUGGAGUUUGAUGCCGCCCUUCUCCUGCGUGUGCAUGGGGUAGCACGGUAGCACGGUGACACGGGAUGGGACGGGAGGUGGUGCUGCGUCUCCUGUGCUGCCCGUUUUGGGCCGGCCAUGCGUGUGUCAACCGGCUGGUGCGAGGGUCGGUCCUGGGCACAGCCGGGCAACGCGGCUCGUGUGUUCUGGCCCCCGUAUAAUUCACGUCCAUAGGACACCUAAUGUCGGGUUCAGCCGGGUGACUGUAUAAAUCUGAAGUCUAAUUUGUAA